GUGAAUGCCAGACACAGAUUCCUUUCAUUAUGACAUCUGAUGACACACAUGCACGUACCUUAGAACUCUUGGAAUCAAAUUCUUAUUUUGGCAUGCAAUCCACACAAGUGAAACUUUUGAAGCAGGAAAAAGUCGCAUGUUUGGAUGAUAAUGAUGCCAGGCUAGCAGUGGAUCCACAUAACAAAUACAAAAUUCAGACAAAACCUCAUGGACAUGGUGAUGUGCAUGCACUUCUUUAUUCCAGUGGUCUUCUGAAAGUAUGGCUUGUUGCUGGUUUGAAAUGGGUGCUCUUUUUUCAAGAUACAAAUGGACUUCUAUUCAGGGCAGUUCCUGCAGCACUUGGUGUCAGUGCCACCAAACAGUACCAUGUUAACUCUGUUGCUGUGCCUCGGAAAGCAAAAGAAGCUAUAGGAGGGAUUACCAGACUCACUCACUCUGAUAGGAGGGCAAUGGUGAUAAAUGUGGAAUACAAUCAACUAGAUCCUCUCCUCAAGGCAACUGGACACCCUGAAGGUGAUGCCAAUUGUGAGACUGGCUACUCACCUUAUCCAGGAAAUAUAAACCAAUUGAUAUUAGAACUUGGUCCUUACAUUGAAGAGCUCACAAAAACAGGAGGUGCUAUCCAGGAGUUUGUUAACCCGAAGUACAAAGAUGCCAGUAAAACUUCAUUUAAGUCCUCUACUCGACUUGAAUGUAUGAUGCAAGACUAUCCCAAAACAUUGCCCGCAUCUGCAAGGGUUGGAUUCACGACCAUGGAUUCAUGGCUUGCUUAUGCACCUGUGAAGAACAACCCGGAAGAUGCUGCUAAGGUACCAAAAGGAAAUCCAUAUCAUAGUGCAACUUCUGGGGAAAUGGCCAUUUAUCGAUCAAACAGCCUCAUUCUAAAAAAGGCUGGUGUCGAAGUAGCAGGUCCAGAAUUGCAGGUUAUUAGUGGGCAAGAGGUGGAAGUGUGGCCUCGUAUCACAUGGAAACCAAAAUGGGGUCUGACCUUCUCUCAAAUUAAGAAGAGAGUUAGUGGAAGUUGCUCCAUUUCUCAAAGGUCUACACUGGUCAUUAAGGGUAAAAAAGUCAACCUAAAGAACCUGUCCUUGGAUGGGGCUCUUGUCGUUGAUGCUGUUGACGAUGCAGAGGUGGACGUGGUUGGUUCUGUCAAAAACAAAGGGUGGACCCUCGAAACUGUGGACUACAAAAAUACCGCGGAGCCCGAGGUAGAAAGGAUUAGGGGUUUUAAAUUCAACAAAAUUGAACAACUGGAGGGGAAAUAUUCUGAGCCGGGUCAAUUUACCUUGAAGUAUUAAAGUUACAUUUCAUUCAUGCAUCAUUCCUUAUUCUUUCUCCUACUGCGUCGCAACUUUUCUUCACGGGCUGAGUGCGUAACAUGCUCUAAGCAGAGAUAUAUGAGAAGUUUUUUGAGAUUUGAAAUUUUGUAUUCAUUAUACGGGAGUUCCUGACUCUUUCUCUUUGCAUCGGUUGAGGAGAAAUGACAAUUGUAUGCUUCAUGUUCAAAGUUUAGCUUCAAGUGGAAUAAAAGG